AUGUCCAAAGCUGAUUCUAAGGAAUGGUUCACUGCAAUAGGGGCACGGCGCUACACGCAGGUCCGCGAGCUUCUGGACAUUUACAAGGGUUUCCGUAACAGUGCGCAGGACACCGGAUUGAUGGUUGCCGCAAGGAUCGAUGAUCCCGAGUUGGCCACGAUUCUCGCCGUCCAGGAGGCAGGAUUGGUUAACAAGAACGACGAGACUGCGCUCAUCAUAGCUGCUCAGCUAGAUCAUCCAAAGAUAUGCGAGAUCUUGGCACCGCUGGAAAAGACCAUUUACUACAAGGACGGUCGCAACGCCCUGAUGAUUGCUGCAGAGGCAGGCGCCAUGAAUGCUUGCUUGGCCCUGGCACGUGAGUUUCCUGUGGAGCGCGACCCCUCCGGCUAUACGGCGCUCGACUACUCUGUCAUUUCAAAUAACAUUGCGUGCACUCGGGCGAUUGUAGAUCUUGUCCGUCAUAGUCAAGAGGAUUUUCAGUUUGCAAUGAAUCUGGCGGAGCGCGACGGUAGGAGCGAUAUUUACACUUAUCUUCAGAUGGCUCUCAGAAAGCAGACACAGAAAGCAGAGGAACAAGAGGUUGAAGUGAUAAAUGCUACUUCUGCAACAGUGGCUAAUUCUUGCGCCGUUCGUGCCUCUCACGCUCCACUCCACCGCAGCGGAAGCACGCCCAUGAAGGCCACGCUCAAUCGCAAUGAGAUUCGUGCACGGUCCAAUCAGAAAUCUCAGACGGUUAUGAGAGCUCAGACUGGGCACAGUCCCAGCUAUCCCAAGCAUUCCCAGUACUCCAACAAUACGUUCCACUCUCCCACUGCCAGGGUCGUUAGCGCUUCUGGACUAAACAACAGUACUGCCGUUAUGAACAUGCAGGCAAGCCUUUCGGGAAGCGUUGUAGGGUCUAGCCAAUUACGAUCGUUGAGCCCCGGUUCUAAUUUGCGCGAAAGGACACAGCCAGGCGAGCUUGCCGUUCCAAACGCCAACUCAGUACUCUCAGCCGUAGAAUAUCAGACUAUCCAGAAGAAUGCUGAGGUGAGGGAUCUUUUCGAGCAGUUGAAAAACGUGACAGACCUGAGGAGUUCGCCUCUGAUUAACCAACUGCAGAAGUAUGUAGCAAACCUCCACAUGGACUACGAUCGCGCAGUUCAUGAGAAGAUUCAGAUGGAAAACAUAGCCUCCACGGUGCCUCGUAGAAGCGUCUCUCCAGCGACUGUCAUCGAGCAGGCUGAUGGGCCCGCGCUGCAUCACAGGAAACCUGGGCGCCUAAUCACCUCAGAAGGUGAGGAGAUUUCUCCAGAACAGUUGACUGAGAUGAAAAAGGCUGUUAGAGAUGCCGAGCUGCUGAGGGACGAGGUGAAGAAGCUUGAAGACGAGAGGCGCACCUUGGACGUCUGCGUUAAUAACUUGACCGAGGCCCUCCAAAAGCUUAAGGAGGAUAACGCGAUAAUGGCCAGAAAUGCCCAGAGGUUCGCCAAUUUCGGUCGAGGAUCUAAUUCUGGCUCUGAAGAUCAGAUUUAUGACAAAAGGCGACCCAGCACCGAGGAUGCGCAGCCCUCUGCAGAGUACCGCACGGCUAGCUCGAUAGAGGCAGAGUCCACGUCCGUUAAUUCUCACCAGGAAGAUAGGUCCCGGAGCGUUGAGCGUCAGCAGCAGUCUAUCGAGAAGAAGCUUCGAGAGGAAGUUAGGCGAUUGCAGGAGGACUUGGCCAAAGCAUCCAGGGAGGCGUCUUCAGCCAUUGACAUGAAGGAUCGUCUUGAGAGACAGAUCAGUGAAAUAAACGACAAGGCCAUGGAGUACCAGACCCAGGUAGAGCAGGCGAACGCUCAGAAGACUGAUGUUAUGAAGGAGAAACUGGCUGUCGAAGAGAAGCUUCUUGAGCUGCAGGAAGAGAUGCUUGAAUUAAAGGAAGGGUUUGAACUCCAGAUGCGAGGUGAUGACCAGAGCGAUAAGCGUAAGGUAAGCGAGUUGGAAGAAGCCAACAGGAUCCUCAUCAGCGAGAAUGAAAACCUAAUUUCCCAAUUAUCUGACAUGCAACAUGACGGCGGGGACCUUAAGCACGAUGUUUCUCGGCUGGCUGCCCAGCUUCAGGAGGCUCAUGCUCAGAUUGCCGACCUAAACAACGUGGUUGACGAGCUAUCUAGUCGAAAUGUUAUAAACACCAGUAAUUCAGAGGAGAAGCGUCUUCGUGAAACACUUACAGCACGUGAAGAUGACCUACUACGCGCUCAGAUGGACAUCGAGUCACUUAAUACUCUGGUUGGCAACCAGCAAGCCCAAAUAGAGGAACUCCAAGCCAAACUUGCAAGCACUGGAGGUGCUACUAAGUUUGGCACUACCGGUGGCAAGAAGAGUAGCUCUGCUGCCCAGAAUAAGCGUGGCCCGCCCACCAAUCUGCGCGGGGAAACGCAGAGCCUGUACGAGGAGUUCGCUACUCGAUCUCGUUCAGAGCUGAAGGCCUCUGCUGCUGCCCAGGCGAGUGUUCUCGCUAGGAGUCAGAAUGGCAAGCGCAGCGGAAGCAAUCUGGCCAUGUCUCGAUCAGGCGAGAAAAAGUAUCUGUACACCAGCCAAGGAGACUCUGUGGGAAAUGCAUCCAACAGUGGAACGGCUUUGCGCGACUAUGCUGCCGACAAGGCCGAACAUACGACCCGUCCAGUGUCAAGAACAAAGUUCUUGUCGCUGACCCUUAUACCGCCUCACAUGUCUGCUCAACAGAUUCUUUCGAUGAGGGAGAACUUGGAUACGACGUGCAUAUCCACUGCGAACAACAGAAAGACAGACCUCAUGGAAGCGGCAGAAGCGGGAGACUCCGCUCACGUCUGGAAGUACCUCAAUUACCAAGCAGGGCUUCAGGAUGAGGAAGGUAAGACGGCUCUCAUGUAUGCUGCGCAGAAGGGCCACAUUGAGAUUGUGAAGGCACUAAUGCAGAAGGAGGCUCGCAUUCAGACUCACUUUGGGACUACUGCCCUCAUGGAUGCUGCAUGCAAUGGGCACACGGACAUAGUCUCUGUUCUUGUGGACUAUGAAGGUGGCAUGGCGACCAAGGGUGAUGAAAACGGAGAAAGUGCUGGUCUCACGGCGCUGAUGCUUGCAGCCCACGAGGGCCACCUGGACUGCGUCCACAUUCUGAUACGAAAGGAAAACGGCAUGGUAUGUUCUAACGGGAUGACUGCCCGCGAUUUUGCAAAGACAGAUGAGAUCAGAAACCUCCUUGAUGCUUUUCAAGGCUGA